GGCCUAUUAAAUGGUUAUAUGAGCUAAGAUGGAUCGUCUGCUGUGUUUUUGUUCUCUCAUUUUCAUUUUUCGGUGUCAUCUUUCUUCAUCAGAACACUUCUCUGUUAGAGUUUCAUUCCACCGGCUCCACAUCAAGAGGACUACAAGUAUUUUUUGAGCGAGGAUGAGAAGCAGAAUCUGGCUCUAAUUGGGUCUGUUCCAAGGAAUGGCAUCAAACAAGUCCGUAUACAUUGGCUACUGGAUCUUGUGAAAAUCAGCUCAAUUGAAGGUUCCGUCCUCACUUACAACUUCACCCUCUUGGAUGGACUGGUGGAGCAGUUACAUUCCAACGGUCUUCAGCCUGGCUUUGAACUGAUGGGCAACCCAUCGGGCUGGUACAAUGACUUUGAGAACAAGACCCAGGUUUUUGCUUGGCGGGACCUGGUUCAGAUCCUAGCCAAGAGAUACAUAGAUCGUUAUAGCCUUGCUCAUGUCAGUGAAUGGAACUUUGAAUCUUGGAAUGAACCAGACCAUGGAGAUUUCGAUAACCUCAAUUUUACAGUGCAAGGUUUUCUGAAUUACUACGAUGCAUGCUCUGAAGGCUUGAAGGCGGCCCAUCCUAGCCUGAAACUAGGUGGCCCUGCUGACAGCUGUAGGGAACCAACACACGCCACCAAGAAGAGCUGGGCCUUACUAGAUCACUGUGCAAAUGGUAUAAACUAUUUCACAAAGGAGAAGGGCAUUAGACUUGACUAUAUAUCCCUCCAUCUGAAGGGUGGAGGUGCAUCGAUGUCAAUACUUGACCAAGAGCUUGCCAAAAUGACAGAGAUUCAGUUAAAAUUUCCUUCUUUUGUUACAACACCUUUUUACAAUGAUGAAGCUGAUCCCUUGGUAGGCUGGAGUAAGCCAGAAUGGUGGAGAUCAGAUGCUACAUAUGCUGCAAUAGUUGCCAAGAUAAUUCUUCAGCACCAGAAUGAGAUGAUCAGAAAACACACCAACAUUAGAUACACCCUCCUCAGCAACGACAAUGGAUUCCUCAACUUUCAUCCGUACUACUUUGACCAGCGCACCCUUGUCACACGCUUUCAGAUGAACGAGACAAAGCCCCCUAGUGUUCAGACCAUCAAGAAACCAGUGCUAAGCAUCAUGGGAUUGCUCUCCCUUCUCGGAGAGCAGCAGGUGGAGGUCAAUGACUUCUCGUAUCAAGUCAAAGAUACUGGAGGAGAUAUUGGUGUCCUUGCUACGAUCCACUCUCCAACCCAUUCUGGAGGACGUGAUAGCUGGCAGGCUAGUAUCCUCAUACACAACAGUGCAGACACAGAUAACAUGACUGGUACAGAUAACAUCCAGCUUGAAGUUACGGGUGUCAACCCAAGUCUUACAACUAAUAUGGCAGAUCUAGCCGUUGAACUAGUUUAUGUUGAAUACCUCCUGGAUAACACUCAUGGAAACCCUGCAGCCUUCUGGAGAAAGUAUGGAUCACCAGUCUACCCUACUAGAAAACAGUUCAAAGAAAUGAGAGAUAAUCAGGAACCUGUACGUAUAGCCGGACCUGAGACCUUUACACCCCCAGAGAUGACAUUCAAUAUAUCACUCAAUAAACCAGGUGUUAGCCUCAUUCAUGUUUGUGCAAAAUCUUCAUUAGCUCCUGAGAAGGUUACUGGCCUUCGGCUUCACCAGUACACCGCAUCAGAUGUCCUGGUAAUUUGGGAUGAUUCUAAUAUCACAACUCGGUGUAUACUCACGUAUGAUGUGGAGCAUUCUUCCACGGGGAGUGAGGGAUCAUAUCAAAGAAUCAACUCCGUCGAUCUCAUUUUUACUGCAUUCGUCUAUUCACCUGAUGAAGAUAGCAAUGGCAUUUUAAGUGGUAUAAGUGGCUGGUAUCGUGUUAGAGCAGUAGAUUACUGGAACAGAGCUGGACCCUAUUCAGAUCCAGUGCAAAUCACAACCUAAAAACGAUCUGCCUGGAGUUGAUUACUGUAAUUCUCUCAAAUUUUAUUGAUUUUUCCUUUGUAAAAUAGUAGAAAAAUAUUUUACUGACUAAUGAGAGGGAAAGUUAAGGUAACUACCUGUUUAAUUACUAGUAAUAAAAUCAUUUACUGAGAUUUUAUUCUGAAUGAUAUUUGUGACAAAAUGAAAGUUUCAAAGUUUGGAUGUUAUACCUUGAUUCGUAGGCAUUUUUAGUUAAUAACUUAUGUGCCUCUCAAUGAAUUCUCAUGAAGAAUUCCGAACACUUUUAACGGCACUGUACAGCAUUUGAACAUGGACAGGCAAAACUUUCAUUAGGGUCAAAUUACUCUUUUCUGGAAUUCCAAUAUUUCAACAAAUUGGAUUUGAAGCUGUUUACAGAUGGGCUCUUGACUACAUGUUGAUGUUAAUAAAUUGUGUAUGAUGCAAUUUAUUAACAUGGAUAUACUUAAAAUAAAUUAUAUUGAUUAGUUGUGUAAAUUUAUGUCAUCAGUUUGGAAAGCAUUUUUAUAUUUUCAUGUCUUGUCCUAAGGAGAUUCUCUAAUGAAAGUUUUGCAGAUUUAUCUAUUUCAAAUGUAUUUAUGAUUAUCUCAGCAAAAAAUGUUGUACAGCUUAGAUAUAGGCAUUGGAGAUAUGCUAAGUCAGUACUCUUAACUUAAAAAUCUUUGAUAGUGACCCAUUUCAUGAGAAAAAUGUGAUUAUAAAAACUUAGCCAUUAUAGUUAAUUAUUACCAUGGAAACCUUGCUUUUGAUUGGCUGCCAAGCCUAUUUUCCAUGCCAUAAUUUUAAGACCUAUUUGAAAUAGGGCCCAGAUUUAGGAAAAUGUCUUUUUCAAAUUUCAGCCUGGAUUCAUUAUCUUGAUUGAGAUGAUUUAAAGAUAUAAAGAGUUUAAUGCUUUUGACAUACUCUACCUCUUAAAAUUCAAGUUUCAUUGUGCAAAUGACUAUUUGAUAACUUGAUUUGUCUCAUGUGUGGAUGCUUGUAUGCAUUAAAGAGGAAUUGUGCUUGCCUUAUGAUAUCUCCUUCAUUAUCAAUUCAUAUAGAUAAUAAUUCAUAAUUUUUUUUUUCAUGGGAUACCGUGUACAGUGGUCCAUGAUACAGGUGCUUCAGCCCCCCCCCCCCCCCACUCUUCAAAAACCGUAAAAAAUUACUAUCUGAUUUUGAUUUUUUUUGGGUGAUCAGCCCCCCCCCCCUCACCCCACUUUCAAAACCAUUCCAUGCCCCCGUAAUGGUAAUGGUAACUAUUUUUUAAAUAGAAAAUUUAUUUUCAAAGGAAAGUUCUUGAUUUUUCUUUGUUAGUAUUGUAUUGUAUAGCACAUGGAUAUAUUACACUGAUGAGUAAUUAUUCAUCGUUUUUCUUUUCUUGAAAAAAAUUAUAGAAAUAGAAGCAAAAUGUGUUAAUAUGAUGGAAGUACCUUGAUUCUUAUGGGUUUUUUUUUUACUACAGAGAUCUGAAAAAAAAACCUUAUUGGAAGAUACAUGGAGAUACUUGGGUGGGUACAUGGGUGUGUUGGUGAGGGGGGCAAAUCUUGUUUACAUUUACUGAACAAGAAUGUUUCUGAUGUUUCAGAUGUUUCUGCUCAUGUUUAAUUAAGUGCAAACUUAAAAAAUUUCGACAUUUUAUCUUGCUUUACUGAUGCAUUCAUCUUUUCUUAAUGUAGACUGAUAUUGUCUGCUGGGUUCAAUGUUUUUAGUGUGUCAACAACGGCAUUUUAAGCAAAAUAAAAAUCUAUCAUAACCAAAUACAUAGGUCAACUUUCUAGUCACUGAAUAGUCAAAUGAAAUCAAUUUUCAGACCACAUUAUCAUGCAAUGCAAUACACGUGUUAUUAAUCUAAAUUGAAAAGAUUUUGUGGUCCUAAAGACCAUCAUUGAUUGAUAAUUGUUGUAUUUUAUAUUAGUCUUUUUGUAACAAAAUUAAACAUAUUUUAUGAUAAAUA